AUGAGAAAGAAACAGGUUUCACACGCUCAUACACCCCUUCAUUUCGUUUGCUUCUCCAUCUUCGGCUUGCCUGCCAGCACACCCCCCCCCCCACACACACACACACAAGCCCGUCAUUUGGGUCUCGCUUACUCGCAAACGCUCGCUUCCUCAACCUACGCAUACAUACAUAUAUAUUUAUACAUAUACGACACGUGUUUGUGUUUGAUGUGGUUCACAUCCUUGCACUCGUCUUCUUUCGUACACCCAUCAUUGAUUACCCUCUUUUAA